AUGACCGCAUCUCCAAGCUUGGUCCGAUCGACGUCUCGCAAGCUGAAAACCAUGUUUUCCUCGUCCACCAAAUCCACCGGGGGCUCCUCUUCCAGCAGCAGCGACGUCGAGUCCUCCAGCAGUCACUCCACCAUCUCCUCCUCCAGCUCUUCGACGCAUUCCUCACGCGCAUCCUCGAUGCGACGCAAGUCGCAUCGAACCAAGACGCCUGAACCCGAUCUGAGCAUCCAAGCAUCCACGUUCUCGUGGACCUGGAACUGGGACGACGACUCCUCCGCCGACGAGGACUUUGCUCCCGUCUUUCCGCACUUUCCCUCCACCCGACCGCCGAUGCUGGUGACGGUGGAAGUGAGCCCACGAACGUCGAUCGACACGGCAUCGCGGCCGAGGGCAGAGUGGACGUUGCUACCCAAUCGAGCCCUCGACUCGCUAGAUCCCGACAGCUUCGACGUUAGCUACUUUAGCGACGACGAUGACGAUCAAGUCGAAGACUCUUUCCACCACCACCCUUCUCAACACAGCCUGUCGAAACACAUCCCAAGGAUCAUCGUCACAACACCUCCACCUCCGGAGCCAAAGUCGAUCAGGAAACCAAACAAGAUCCGACGAAAACCUCCUCCGAGCUUCAUCGUCGAGCCGGUGAUCCUCGUGAACCCUUGCACAAGCUAG